UCCGGCAUCAGUGCGUCUGCGCUGAAGAAGCCCCCAAAUACCUCAUUUCUUCUGCGGAACCCGAAGCCAGCCUGCAAAGCUCGGAGUCGGAGCAGGGCAGCCCAGAGCAGAAGGCCGAGAGUGGGGUUCGUGUGUGGACUUCCUUCUACUCGUGGCCCGAUCCCGCCCUCCCUGGUACAGCAGACCUGCAACCUGCUGCCCUCUGGUACCACCCCCCCCCAACCCCCGCCACCACUGGUUGCAGCAGAACUGCAUCCCCCUGUUCCCGGAACAACGGACCUACAUUCCGCAGUCCUGGUCGGAGCCCGGCCAAGCCUCUGCCUAGCGCAAGUAAAGCAGGUAUCUGCAGGGGGCCCUUUGGAAGGAGGAGGGAUGGCUGGGGCUCGGAAGCCGUCGCAGGCGGAUAAGGAGAUCGAGUCUGGGCUGGUGCGGGAUUUUGAGAUCGCUCUGUCCGGGAUCGGCCAGGAGCUGGAACCGGGGCCCUUCAGCAUGAAUGAUGUCCUUGCAUUGUCCAUGCUUAAACAAGAGUCAGAGCUGCCACCUGAUGAUGCAAAUAAAAUGCCCUUUCAGUAUGUGCUUUGUGCUGCUACCUCUCCCGCAGUCAAGCUCCACGAUGAAACGCUCACCUAUCUCAAGCAAGGGCAGUCUUAUGAGAUCCGAAUGCUGGACAAUAGGAAAGGGGGGGAACCCGCAGAGAUCAGUGGCGGGCUCGUGAAGAGUAUGUUUCGGUUGCUGUUCCAUGAUAGGGGACUGCAGUACUCUGAGCAGCAGCAGCAGUUUGAGAGCUGGGGAUGGAACAAACCAGGGGACAGAAUCCUUGAUAUAGACCUGGCAAUGUCCGUGGGUAUAACCGACCCUCGGGCAAAUCCAAAUCAGCUGAAUACUGUGGAGUUCCUGUGGGACCCUGCUGCAAAGAGCACAUCCGUGUUCAUUCAGGUGCACUGCACCAGUACCGAAUUCGAUGUGAAACAACCUGGGGGAGAAAAGGAAGUGGCAUUCCGACUUCAAAUUGACACUUUCAAGAAGAAUGAGAAUGGAGAUUACACUGAACACUUGCAUUCAGGCAGCUGUCAGAUCAAGGUUUUCAAAUCUGAUGAAGCAGAUGAGAAGCAAAAAAUAGACAGGGAGAAAAUGGAGAAGAAAAGCCCUAGUGAAAAGGAAGAGUACCAACCUUCCUGUGAGACAACUCUAUUCACAGGAUGUGCUCCACGGGCUGAGAACCUACAUGUCACUAGUUCCCCAUCACCUGGUUUUAACAAUUCCCGUGGCAGUCUUUCCACUGGAGAGGGAAAUGGUUCACCAAGCCACCAGCCAGAACCAUCUCUUCCUGUUGCAGAUAAACUUCUGCCUACAACUAACUACCAGGAAACUCAACAGUGGCUACAGCGCAACCGAUUCUCUGCCUUCUCUCGGCUUUUCAGAAAUUUCUCUGGGGCAGAUUUGUGGAGGUUAACCAGACAUGAUUUUAUCCAAAUUUGUGGCCCUGCUGAUGGAAUCCGCCUCUUCAAUACCUUAAAAGGGCGCAUGGUGAGGCCCAGGCUGACAAUUUACCUUUGUCACGAAUCCCUGCAGUUGAGUGAGCAACAGCAGCAGAAAUAUGAGAAUGGAGAGUCAAAUGAUACUUUGUUUGUGUACCGUGCCAUCUAUCUGGAAGAAUUGACAACUGUGGAGCUGACAGAGAAAAUUGCUCAGCUUCUCAGUAUUUCUCCUUCUCAGAUCACUCAGAUCUACAGAGUGGGGCCAAAAGGAAUCCAUGUUCUCAUCAGUGAUCAGGUGAUCCGCAACUUUGAGGAAGAAACCUGUUUUCUUCUGAAUACAACGAAAGCUGAAGCCAAUGAUAACUAUUCUAUCAUCCUGGAAUAGAAGGGGAACAUCCUGUGCUGGAUAGCUGCGGCUUCCUUCUCCUCUUGGACACUUCUCCUCUUGCAAAAGGAUAUGGACAGAGAGUUGGAGGUCUGCAGGAGUCUGACUGAUGGAGAGUGGGAGGUGGAGUGAUGCUACUCUGUGGAGAUGUAUGCCCAGCCGUCCAUUCCUUGUCCCAACCAUUUUACCAUAUACAAACUCCCAUCUGGCAUGCAGUUCUACAACUAUUUCCUAGUUAUGGUGCUGGACUGUGUUGUUGUUGAGUAUUUAUAGAUACUAUAUUGAGUAUUGAUAGAAAUUUGUCAUAUCAUGUAGAUUUUAUGUAGUGUAUAAUGAUGAUGAGAAUUGUGUUUUGUUUAAUUGUAUGAUAAUCUGGAGUCAUGUAAUUUUUGUCUAAUAUGAGACACUAAUCGUUAUUCUAUAGACUACUCAUCAACCAACUCCUACAUUACAUACCUGCAGUCUCUGCUUUCACUCCAGUGUAUUUGUUCCUGGAAACCAGAAUGAUUGGGAAAGAAAUUUUUCCCAUGAACUGUAUAUCCUACUAUUACUCUUGAUACUACAUGGUGAUCCUUCAUUGCUGUGGGGAAAUGUGAUUGUACAUGGAAGAUCAAGGAAAUAGCUUUCAAAAGUGACUUACUAAUAGGGUCAGAGAUAUGAAAAAUAUAAGUGCUCACUCUCCCUUUCUCUCAUUAUUUUUAUUUAUUUUUAUUUUUUCCAAGUGAGAGGUUGAGAGGAGGGCACUAUUACACAAUAAAAUUGGCAGAAUUUGAAUGCUAACUUCCCAGUUAAUUUUUCCCAGUGCAGUUUUCAGGCCUUUCUUUUAAUGUAUAAGACUUUUCCGACUUUCUAUCCUGUGUCCUCAUUCCUAGUGUAAGAGGCCCUUUUGUUUAUGUAGUGUUCUUGACUGGAUACUGUUUAAGGAAGUCUUUCCCAUGUGAGUAAAAGGAGCUGCAGAUUAGGAGUCAAAACCAGGGUUCUUAUCCUUACCUCUGCAUUAAGUCACAUUGUGAUCCUGGGAAACAAUGCUUUUGGGUCUCUCUUUCCUCAUAUGUAAAGUAAAGAAUGUGAAGAAAAUGAUCGUCAGUGCUGUUUUUAACUCUAAAAUCUAGAAUUCUGUGGGUCUAUUUGCAUUUAUGCCCUUUUCAUGUUGUUGUUCUACUUCAAAAAUAAUUGUGUCUGUGACUAUUCCUUGUUUUGCAUGUAGAUUGCUAAAAUUCCCUGAAUUAAAAGAUUCUUUAUGGGCAUGGA